UCUCUCUCUCUCUCUCUCUCUCCCCUCCCAUGGAUACUCAAGUAUGCAAAACUUCCACCUCUCUCAAAUGCCAAUUGAAUAUAAUCAAAGCGAAAAAUCUCGAAUUAGUGCCAUACGGCGACCUCUUCGUUAGAUACUAUCUCUCCACCGGAACCGACGAAAGAGUCCGACUAAACACCUGCGAAAUCCCGUCGACAGACGAACCUUACUGGAAUGAAUCUAUCACCUUAGAAUGCCACAGUACUGCUGACACUAUAGAGCAACUUCAACAACAAAGUGUAGUGUUUGAGCUUCGGUGGAGGAGCGCUGCACCGAUUGUCCGCCGAAUUGUAGGAUCUAAGCUCUUGGGUCGAGCUGAAAUUGCAUGGAGAGACGUGUUGGGAACGGCAGAGAUGUCGAUCGAGAAAUGGGCAAUGGUCACUACUGCCAGCCGUUCUAUUUUGGGCCUCAAGCAGCCUGCUUUGCAAGUGGGGCUGAAAGUGGGAAUUUCAGGAAUUUUAGACCGGGUGAAUAAGAGAGUUGCUCGAUCGAUGAAGUGGGAUGAAUGUGGAUGCCGACAUGGAGCUUGCAAUGGUAGAGAUGAAGAUAUUUUUGCCAUUGCUGCUGCUGUAGCAGUAUUGUAGUGGUGGUUUUUUGUUUUGUUCUGUUUUUUUUUUUUUUUUGGCCAUUGGAUUUGUUUGUUUUGAAAUUUUGGAAAUAGAAAAGCGGGUUGCUUCUAAGAAUGUGGUUUUUUCUACUCAUGAUUUCUAGCUGGGUCGAAAAUGGGCUGAUAUGGCCUGAGCAUGUUGUAGUUCAGUC